AUGGGUCAUGGUGUAUGCCUGGGUCAUGGUGUAUGCAUGGGUCAUGGUGCAUGCAUGGGUCAUGGUGUAUGCCUGGGUCAUGGUGUAUGCAUGGGUCAUGGUGCAUGCAUGGGUCAUGGUGUAUGCAUGGGUCAUGGUGCAUGCAUGGGUCAUGGUGCAUGCAUGGGUCAUGGUGCAUGCAUGGGUCAUGGUGCAUGCAUGGGUCAUGGUGCACGCAAGGGUCAUGUUGCAUGCACGGGUCAUGAUGCAUGCAUGGGUCAUGGUGCAUGCAUGGGUCAUGGUGCAUGCAUGGACAUGGUGCAUGCAUGGGUCAUGUUGCAUGCACGGGUCAUGAUGCAUGCAUGGGUCAUGGUGCAUGCAUGGGUCAUGGUGCAUGCACGGGUCAUGGUGCAUGCACGGGUCAUGGUGCAUGCACGGGUCAUGGUGCAUGCAUGGGUCAUGGUGCGUGCAUGGGUCAUGGUGCAUGCAUGGGUCAUGGUGCAUGCACGGGUCAUGGUGCAUGCACGGGUCAUGGUGCAUGCAUGGGUCAUGGUGCGUGCAUGGGUCAUGGUGCGUGCACGGGUCAUGGUGCGUGCAUGGGUCAUGGUGCGGGUCAUGGUGCAUGCAUGGGUCAUGGUGCAUGCAUGGGUCAUGGUGCAUGCAUGGGUCAUGGUGCAUGCAUGGGUCAUGGUGCAUGCAUGGGUCAUGGUGCAUGCAUGGGUCAUGGUGCAUGCAUGGGUCAUGGUGCAUGCAUGGGUCAUGGUGCAUGCAUGGGUCAUGUUGCAUGCACGGGUCAUGAUGCAUGCAUGGGUCAUGGUGCAUGCAUGGGUCAUGGUGCAUGCAUGGGUCAUGGUGUAUGCAUGGGUCAUGGUGCAUGCAUGGGUCAUGGUGUAUGCAUGGGUCAUGGUGCAUGCAUGGGUCAUGGUGUAUGCAUGGGUCAUGGUGCAUGCAUGGGUCAUGGUGCAUGCAUGGGUCAUGGUGCAUGCAUGGGUCAUGGUGCAUGCAUGGGUCAUGGUGCAUGCAUGGGUCAUGGUGCAUGCACGGGUCAUGGUGCAUGCACGGGUCAUGGUGCAUGCACGGGUCAUGGUGCAUGCACGGGUCAUGGUGCGUGCAUGGGUCAUGGUGCGUGCAUGGGCCAUGGUGCGUGCACGGGUCAUGGUGCGUGCAUGGGUCAUGGUGCGGGUCAUGGUGCGUGCACAGGUCAUGGUGCGUGCACGGGUCAUGGUGCAUGCAUGGGUCAUGGUGCAUGCAUGGGUCAUGGUGCGUGCACGGGUCAUGGUGCAUGCAUGGGUCAUGGUGCAUGCAUGGGUCAUGGUGCAUGCAUGGGUCAUGGUGCAUGCAUGGGUCAUGGUGCAUGCAUGGGUCAUGGUGCAUGCAUGGGUCAUGGUGCAUGCAUGGGUCAUGGUGCAUGCAUGGGUCAUGGUGCAUGCAUGGGUCAUGUUGCAUGCACGGGUCAUGAUGCAUGCAUGGGUCAUGGUGCAUGCAUGGGUCAUGGUGCAUGCAUGGGUCAUGGUGCAUGCAUGGGUCAUGUUGCAUGCACGGGUCAUGAUGCAUGCAUGGGUCAUGGUGCAUGCAUGGGUCAUGGUGCAUGCAUGGGUCAUGAUGCUUGCACGGGUCAUGAUGCAUGCAUGGGCCAUGGUGCAUGCAUGGGUCAUGGUGCAUGCAUGGGUCAUGCUGCAUGCUGUCCGCAGAAGUACGUACCAUCAUCUCAUUCCAUACGGGCAAUCGGUGGAAGCCAAGGCAGCUAGAGCAAUACGGACUCACACUCAACCCACCCUUCCACAGCCUCUCCAAGCCCUUUCCCCCCUUCCCUCCUUGUCUGCUUCCCCAAACCACCUUCUAAUUACCUCCCCUUCCUCCCCUUGCACCCCCUAUUCAUCAGGCAACUGGUGGAAGCCAAGGCAGCUAGAGCGAUACGGACUCACACUCAACCCACCCUUCCACCACACCGGCAUCGUCGAAGCCUACCCGCACGGCCUCGCAACCAUUCUCACCGCUCUCCACCGCUGGCAGCGCGUUACCGCCCGCGCGUUUCUGGUUACCAGUGUGUCUUUUCAGUUCAACGCCAGCUGUCCCGCCACGCAGCCCAUUGCUGACGUGGCGACAGCACGCACAACGAUGGCGGCGCUGACCCGGCGGAAGAACGAGGUGUUGAAAGCGGUGCUGCAGAGGGUGGUGGAGGAGGAGGGGAGGGAGAGAGAGAGGGAUGAGGCGGAAAAGGAUGUUGUGGGAAGAAAGGGGCAGCAGGGGCAGCAGGAGCAGCAGGAGCAGCAGGAGCAGCAGGGGCAGCAGGGGCAGCAGGGGCAGCAGGGGCAGCAGGGGCAGCAGGCACGGUCAGCACAUGUAGGGGGCAAGGCAGGUGUGCGGGGCAGCAGCAUCCGCUUGCUGGACAUCCACGACUUGUCUCUCUUCCGCCACGAUGCACGGCCAGCAGCGUACCAUGGCAGGCAGAGCAGCCUGCAUGAUUGUGCGCAUUACUGCGUGCCCGGUGUGCCCGACACAUGGAAUGAGCUGCUGCUGGGGAUGCUGGCCGAGUGA